AUGAGGGACUUGAAAACUUUAAAGGAAUUGGUGGCAAGCGUUACAGAUUGGAAGUCGCUUGAGAAGAUGUCUUGCAAACCCUUUAAGCCUUCCAUUUUGCAUUUGGCAAUAUCACAAGAUGCGCCCCACUUAUAUAGCGAAGAACAGUUGAUUCAAUUAAAGAAUUUCAGCAAACUACUCUCGAGGGCUGAAUCGAAGCCAAAUACAAACAAGACUGACAAGAGGGUGGCCAAAAAAAGACAAAUUGAGGAGAGGCCUAAAGAGGAAAGAAUCAUGCCCGCAAUGAUUAAAAAACCAAGAAAAAUAAUCUUGGUACAGAACGGACCAUCACCAGAUUUGUCCAGAAGGAUAGUCUUGGGACAUAGUGGAACAUCAUCAGAUUUGCCAAGAAGGAUAAUCUUGGAACAUAGCGGACCAUCACCAGAUUUGCCUGUACAAUUCAAGAAUCGAGUCACUGAGUUGAGUGGUCAUGAUCUUAAAUAUUUGAUGCACAAGAGACUCUUCUGUUCAGAUGUGAGGCCGAACAACAAUCGUCUCUCGAUGCCCAUGAAUGAGAUUAUGUGUGAAUUUCUCACACGAGAUUGA